AUGAGAAGUCCAGAGGCCGAUGAUCCUGGAGACCCGUUAGAACUUGAGAGGCUCGCCGAAGAGCUUGCCACGAGAGAGCUCAACUCACGCGCUCUGGAUCACGACACAAACAUUGACGGGCUGACCAAAGCGGAGCGGGAUCUGCCUGUCUAUGUUCCUCUGUCGCAUGACAACUCCAACCUCUCCGCAGAGACGUUCAAUGUCGAAGAAUUCCUGCUCUCUCGUGCAUACACGUCUCUCCCUGAUCUUCGUUCUGAACUUCGAGACUAUCUGGCAAAACUCAAAGAAGAGUUGGUGAAGCUUAUCAAUGAUGACUACGAGGCGUUCAUUAGUUUGAGCACGGACUUGAAAGAUGAGGGUGCGAGGCUAGAUAUGAUGAAAGCGCCCUUGGAUGGCUUGAAGUCUGAAGUACUCGGUGCAAGACAAACGUUACAGAAUAUCCAGGCGGCUAUUCAGGAGAAGCUGAUCAAAAGGAAAGCUCUGAGGGAAGACAAGGCUUUUCUGCAUCUGUUGCUCAAGAUAUCCGAGUUGAUCACGCGCCUGGAGUUACUGCUGCUCAUCGCAGCGCCUCCCGAGGAUGACACGACUUCGUCUAAUGUCGGUACAAUGGGACUCUCGCUCCACGAUGAUGCCGCUGAAGACAGAACUGAAGGUAAUCGCGCGAAACAUCUUGCUCGUGUCGCAGCGGAAUAUACCCAGCUUCUAUACCAUGUCUCGCGGGCGCGUACUGGGGGCAGUGCCUUCAUAGACGAGUCACAAUGGCGCAUCGAUCGGAUACGAUCAACAUUGUCGUCCGACCUCGACCACCUAUUUGCCUCAACGGUCACCGCCCUAUCAAGCGGUAAAGGUCAAGGAAAAGACAGCAAGACUGCCGAGGCUGAGCGCUCGAAAUGGAUUGCCGACGUGACGGAGUGCCUGAAGACGUAUGACAUGCUUGGGCUGUGGCGCGAUGCCGAAGAUGUCCUUCGAAAGGAGGUCGUACGCGAUUUCGUCAAGAAUACAAUCCAUCCCGGUGCGCUGACUGCACCUCACUCGCCCAUUCUCCCUCACACGCCAUUCAAUCCGACCGCCCGGGCACGCUCGCCACAGCCUUUGACAGCUUCCCUUCCUCCUCAUACACCAUACACUCCAUUCACUGCCUUCGCCUCCAAACAGAAUCCAUUCGACCUCAGCUUGGCCGCAGGUGCUGCGGCGGCCUCAGCUCAUAUUCUUGACGAUCGAGAUGAUCCGUUGGCGGCACUAUAUAACAAUGUGCUACGAUUCGUUGAGCGCGACCUGAAGCGGAUCAUGGAAAUCGCGGAGAAGGUGUGCGUAAAGUCAGGGUCAAGGUCGAGUGAGGGUCGUUUAGUGACCGACGCUAAGCGACAGCAAGAUGCCCAUGGGUUUGAGAUCAUGGCCAAUGUGAUAUGGGCGGAAUUGGGUAGAGCGAUGAUGGACGAGCUCGGUAACGUCAUCUUUGCAGCAGGAAAACCGGAUGAUUUCAGAAAGCAUUACGAGACAACGCAGGCGUUCAUCCGCUCGGUGGAGUUCCUCGCGCCUUCCGUUCACUCAGUCGAGGCGAUGCGAGCACAUCCAGUAUUCGUGGCAUUCGAACGGCGAUGGCAAUUGCCUGUUUACUUCCAGCUUCGCUGGAAGGAAAUCGUCAUGAGACUAGAAGGCUCGUUGGCUGUCACUCGAUUAGAACGAGCAGUUAGCAAGCCAGCCGAAGCGUUCGUCACUUCACAAGCAGCCGCGAUAUGGGAAGCGAUCAAUGCAUGCUGGAGUGCCGAAGUCUUCAUACCGGAACUCAGCCAUAGAUUUUGGAAGUUCACAUUGCAGAUUUUGAGCAGGUACAAGACAUGGCUGGAAAGCAGUCUUCCUGUAUUUCAGCCUUCCUCUCAAGUAGCCGCAGCUGUUGCAGCGGAGAAACUUGCUGCUGCACCUGGAGGUUCUCCUGUUUCUGCAUCUCGCUCAGGCACACCGCUGCCCUCAUUGGAGAUGGCCUCUGCGGAGUCCACUGCAGCUGAUGAGGCAUCGCUGCAGCGGUUCUCUAUUGCGAUUAUUGACAUCAAGGCUGUGGAGUCGCAUGUCAUGAAGCUCUGGAGAGAGGAGAUCAGCAUGAUGCUGCCAGAGCUUAGCGACCGAAGCAUUGAUGUCAGUCCGGAAGACGCCCUCAAACGUUCAAUAUCCUCGUUGACAUCCCUGAUUCCGCCUCUGUCGAGCCAAAUCAUAGCUAUUCUAGCACGACGUGCAUGCGAUGCUCUUUUGUCGAUGCGGUCCAUACCUUCUCAAUUUCGGGCCAUGUCUUCCAGUCGACGCAUGCCGACCGAACCAAGUUACUUCAUUUCGCUCAUCUUCCGACCAAUCAAAAAUUUCUUCGCCAUUGAUAACGCGGAGGGUCCGGGCGCACCUUUGAGAGGCAAUUUUCUGCAGGCAUAUGCUGAGGAAGUCUUCGAGAUUGUUGUGCAAAGGUACAUCUAUUAUCUAUCAGCCAUGAAGAAAACCGAAGAAUCUCUACGUAAGCUGAAGAAGGGCAAGAAAUCUGCGUUUUCACUGUUUGGUAGUAGCGCCAAAGAGGACGAUGGGAGAGCGGAUGAAGAAAAAAUUCGUGCCCAGAUGAUGCUAGAUGUAGAAGCCUUCGGCAAGGACGCAGAAUCACUCGGGGUUGCUACUAGUCAGAGUGGCUCGUUUAAAUCGCUGCGGGACAUGGCCAGUGCUAGCUUGUCCGACGAGUGA